GUGGUCGAUCUCACUGGAUGGAGGUAUUCAGCAAGCUUUCAUUUUUAACAGAGUUGCACCUACAACAUUGUGGGCUCUCUGGUUCAAUUUCAUCUCUAAACUCUAUCAAUUUUACUUCAUUGUCUGUCAUAAGCAUCAGUGGCAACUCUUUCCGAUCAAAGUUCCCAAUAUGGCUUCUAAACAUUAGCAGCCUUGUAUACAUUGAUGUAAGCUCUAAUCAGUUAUAUGGGCAUAUUUCACCUGGCCUUGGGGAACUGCCUAACUUGCAGCACUUGAAUCUAUCUGAGAAUGAAAAUCUCACAGGUAGUUGCUCUCAACUGUUAAGCGGAAGCUGGAAGAAGAUAAAAUUUCUGAAUUUGGCAAACAAUAAAUUUCUUGGUACAAUUCCAACCUCCAUCGGAAAUUUUUGCAACUUACAACAUUUGGAUUUGGGUACCAAUACCUUGACAGGAAGUUUCUUUGAGUUUCUCGAAGAGAUCAAAAACUGCAGUUCUGAAGGUCCUUUACCAGAACUGGGGUAUUUGGACUUGUCUUGGAAUCAAUUAGUGGGCAGAUUGCCAGAACGGUUGAGUCAGCUGGAAAAACUUACAUAUCUCGAUCUAUCCGAUAACAAGCUUCAAGGCCCUAUCCCUGCUUCUUUUGGGACAUUCAAAAAUCUGAAUGAGAUGCGGCUUGGAUGGAAUGAACUGAAUGGGAGUCUCCCAGUUAGUUUUGGACAACUUUCUGAAUUGGUUGUAUUGGAAGUUUAUGGGAAUCGCUUGAUUGGAAUUCUUUCUGAAGAACAUUUUUCAAAGUUAAGUAAGUUGAAGACUCUGUGGAUGGAUGAAAAUUCAGGUCUCGUUUUGAAUGUUAGUUCCACCUGGGUCCCCCCAUUCCAAAUCACUGAUCUUGAUUUGAGUUCAUGCAAUUUAGGCCCUUCAUUCCCGACUUGGCUUAGGUCUCAAAAGGAGGUCUUCUGGCUGUAUUUGUCAAAUGCUAGCAUCUCAGGUUCCAUACCCAAGUGGUUUUGGAAUAUUUCUUUGAAUCUGCAGGGCGUAAGUCUUUCUGACAAUCAGUUACAAGGAAUUCUUUCUGAAGAACAUUUUUCAAAGUUGAGUAAGCUGAAGGCUUUGCUGAUGGGUGGAAAUUCAGGUCUCGUUUUGAAUGUUAGUUCCACCUGGGUCCCCCCAUUCCAAAUCACUGUUCUGAGUAUGACUUCAUGCAAUUUAGGCCCUUCAUUCCCGACUUGGCUUAGGUCUCAAAAGGAGCUCUUCGAUCUAGAUUUGUCAAAUGCUACCAUCUCAGGUUCCAUACCCAAGUGGUUUUGGAAUAUUUUUUUCAAUCUGCAGUACUUAAAUCUUUCUCACAAUCAGUUACAAGGUCAGCUACCAAAUUCAUUAAAAUUUCCUUUUGGUGAUCGUGCAUAUAUUGAUUUCAGUUACAACCUCUUUGAGGGACCUAUUCCUUUUUCAAUCAAAGAGCUCUAUUUACUAGAUCUCUCCCACAAUAAAUUUUCUGGCCCUAUCCCACUGAGCAGAGGUGAAUCUAUGUUAGACUUGCAUUACUUUUUCCUUUCGGAAAAUCAAAUAACAGGGACCAUCCCAGAUUCCAUAGGACGCAUCACCUCUCUUCAAGUCAUUGAUUUUUCAAGGAAUAAUUUGACUGGAAGCAUUCCUUCUACCAUAAAUAAUUGCUCUAGCCUAAUUGUUCUAGACCUUGGAAAUAACAAUUUAUCUGGGAUGAUACCAAAGUCGUUGGGCCAGUUACAAUGGCUCGAAUCACUGCACCUGAAUGACAACAAGCUUUCAGGAGAGCUCCCCUCAUCUUUCCAAAAUUUAUCAAGAUUGGAACUCAUUGAUCUCAGUUAUAACCAAUUAUCGGGUAAGGUUCCUUCAUGGAUUGGAACUGCUUUCAUAAAUCUUGUAAUACUCAACUUGAGGUCAAAUGUAUUUUUUGGAAGACUUCCCUCCCAGCUUUCAAAUUUAAAUCUGAUGGGUGAAAUUCCAGUCACUUUGUUUGAGCUUAAAGCCAUGGUUCCGGAGUAUAACAAGAAUAUAUAUCCUUUGUGUGACAAUGUGAGCAACUCUCAGUAUGAAGAACGAUUGGUGGUGAUUAUGAAAGGUCAAAGUCUUGAAUACACCAGGACUCUUUCUCUGGUUGUAGGCAUAGACCUAUCCGACAAUAAUUUAAGUGGAGAGCUUCCCCAAGAAAUAACAAAAUUGUUUGGUUUGGUGGUUUUGAACUUGUCUAGGAAUCACAUCAGUGGCCAAAUUCCUGAAAGCAUUUCAAUGUUGCACCAGUUAUUAUCUCUUGAUUUGUCAAGGAAUAAGCUUUCCGGCAGCAUUCCUUCAAGCAUGGUUUCAUUAACAUUCUUGAGUUAUUUGAAUCUAUCGAAUAAUAAUUUCUCUGGUAAGAUCCCCUUUAUAGGGCAAAUGUCAACCUUCAAUGAGUCAGCCUUUGUUGGAAACCCUAAUCUUUGUGGAGCUCCAUUGGUCACAAAAUGCCAAGAUGAAGAUCUAGAUAAAAAGUGUAGUGUUAUUGAGGACAAAAAUGAUGGUGGCUAUAUUGAUCAAUGGUUUUACUUGAGUGUUGGCUUGGGAUUUGCAAUGGGUAUUUUAGUUCCAUAUUUUGUUUUGGCAAUAAGGAAAUCUUGGUGUGAGACCUACUUUGAUUUUGUGGAUAAAAUUGUCAAAUGGUUGUUGAGAGGAAGAACAACCUAUGCCAAAGAUCACCUGCGAAGGUAAUAAAUUUUGUUUGUAGAUCUUUAUAUGCUCUAUGUAUAAUUACAAGCUUUGAAAGUGAAUUUCAUUACAGUUGCAAU